AUGGUUCCUAAUCGUUUUGAAGCAUCCGACGUUGUACUUAGUCGUGAUGGCCAUGUCAUGUAUGUUGUAUUCGAUAAUACAUAUCAAAUAGGUGCUAUAUGUACUUCAUUGGGACGUUCAUUCAACUGUACGGAUCGACUACUCGACUGGCCCGAUUUGUCGUUAAAUAGAAAAAAAUCAGGAUUUGAAGGAAUGACCUACAAUCCAGUGAGCGGUACGCAUUUCGUUGUACAAGAAGCCAUAGAAACGAAUACCAAGAAUGUAUACAAGGCAAAUGUUUUUGAAAUUUUUAUUGAUCCAAAAGACUCAACACCUAUACGUUUAAUCGAAUCUUGUUUAACCAAUUGGGAAUUCGGAUCAGACAACAAGGGUUUCGAAGGUCUUGAAUUUGUUUUUCAUCAAAAUUCAGGACAAACUUAUUUACUCGGAUUAUGCGAAGCUAACAAAUGCGAUCAUAAAUCGAGUUCGACUAAUGAUGGACGCAUUGUGGUUCUAGAAAAGAAGAAAGCGACCGCUAAAAACCCGUGCUCUUGGGAACCUGUGGGUACAUUUGAUUUGCCAUCAUCCGUUAAUUUCAAUGACUAUUCAGCCAUAUCUAUUUACCACCAAGAAUCACGUGAAUUGCCAACCUAUGUUGCUGUAACAAGUCAAGAAAACAGUCAAUUGUGGAUUGGUCUUAUUAAAGAAGUAAAUCAAGUACCCUUCUUUGGCAUAUCUUCAUUGGAUAAGAGUACGGUCUACGAUUUGCCACGAACCACUGAAACAGCAUCCGACUGUCAAGUUAAAUAUUGUAACAUUGAAGGUGUUGCAUGGCGAGGCAAAAAUCAACUCAUUCUUGUUUCAGACAAGGCUAAAAGCGAUGAAGAUAUUCAUUGCAUUGACAAAGAUCAGAGUGUUCACUACGUUGCACUACCAGAACAUUUGAAUGAUUAA